CUUUUAAAUGUGACUUUAUUAAAAAAUAUAUAUCAUGCUGGCAACAUUUCAUGCAAACUACAACCUGUAACUCACAGAAACCCCUAGAAGACAGGCCUCUUCCUGCAGCGGCGGCCAGCUCCAGCUCGUCGGGAUCUAGAGGUGAUGGUGGAUGGGCGGAUGAUGCGCUACUGGUGGAAGCCCUCAGUGCUUUCGAAGCACAAGCAGUUGAGGACAAAGGCGGUCUGCCGAAGAAACCACUCAGCUUCCCUGAAAGACAAGGAGCCGGGGAAGCAAAGAGAAGAAAACGUUCCUGUGAAGAUCUGUCACAGAAGCCACACUCAGACUCUCCACUGUCUGCUGCUCCUGCGUCGACUUCUUUAUUGGAGGCUCCUGCAUCAGCCUCAUUAGUUCCUGGCCAGUCUUCGUCAUCGGCUCCUGCAUCAGCCUCAUCAGUUCCUGGCCAGUCUUCUUCAUCGGCUCCUGCAUCAGCCUCGUCAUUUCCUGCCUCGGCUUCUUCAUCGGCUCCUGUAUCAGCCUCGUCAGUUCCUGCCUUGGCUUCUUCUUCGGCUCCUGCAUCAGCCUCGUCAGUUCCUGCCUUGGCUUCUUCUUCGGCUCCUGCAUCAGCCUCGUCAGUUCCUGCCUUGGCUUCUUCUUCGGCUCCUGCAUCAGCCUCGUCAGUUCCUGCCUCGGCUUCUUCAUCGGCUCCUGCAUCAGCCUCGUCAGUUCCUGCCUCGGCUUCUUCAUCGGCUCCUGCAUCAGCUUCUGUGUCAGCUUCUGACGUUCAACCUAGAAGGUCAUCUGGUGGGUCAACACACAGUGACCCAGCACAUUCUGAGGUGUCAUUUGAGGGUUGGCACAAGAUGUGGGAGUCUGGUCUUCAUGGGCUGCCCAGUGCAGACAUACUGUGGCCUAAGGAGGAUGCUGAAAGGGGACUCUUUCAGAGGGCCAUGUCUUAUAAAGACAAACAUGGAAACAGAAAGUGGAGGAAAGUCCUGAAGGAUGACCGGAUGUGGUUUCACCCUCCAGAAUUUCCUGGAGUGGUGGAAGGAAAAGUCCCCUCAGCAGACUCCUUUUUUCACAGCUCCGUUUUUUUCUGGAGACCAGUCGGUGUGUGGCGUUACAGUCUUCGGUGCCCAAGGUCUGACUGCCCAGCACGCACCAAUCAGAAGGCUUUUCUCUACCGUUGUGGGUAUUCAUCCACGGUAAGACAGAUCUGCCACAUGUCUGGCUGGUACUCCAUGCUGACUGAGGUCCUGGCAUGCAACGCCUGUAGAAAGGCUGCAAAGGAGUCGGAAGAGCAUACUAUUGGUCGUUUCCUGUCAUGGGAUCAGUGCAUCCUUAAUCAGCUCAGUCCAGCUCACAGAGCGGUGUUUCCUGCUGUCUUGACGCUACGGCGUGGCGUGGACAAGCAGGUGAUCCGCCUAAUGAGGGAUCGCACUGAGGGAAACACCAUGGUGAAAGUUUGGAGACAGGUGCAGGAGAGCCACUGCGAGGACUAUCUGCAGAGAAAGGACUUGUACACCACUCUUCUCAGCCAGUACAACAAACCUGGGAAGAUCACUCGGAGUUUGUGCCAGCAGUUCCAGCGACCACCAGCACGGAGAGAGCCGCCAUCUGCCAGACUGAUGAGAAAGGUGUUCCUUAUCUCAGAGGCAGAUAACAUCGAGGACUACCGUACUCAGAUUAUGUCCACAUUUGGGCAAGUCCUGAAGUACGACUCCACCAAGAAGGUAAAUUUAACACAAUGGAAAAAAAGUCAGUUUGUAAACAUAUUGCAAAACCUUUUUACUGUUAUUCUUUCAGGAAAUCCUUUAUCAGAGAGAUUUUAUCCUUAAAAUAUUAUUGUCCAC